CGUACACGGCCGCCGCCGCUCCCGCCCCGUCCCGGCGUCCCGCAGACGUGAAAUGAUGAAGUCAAGAAGUUUUCCGUUGUCUCUCGUUUUGCUUGGGGCUUUCCUGUCGUUCACAAGGGGAUGGAUGGACUUGGAUGGGAGCAGAAGGCCGCACUCAGACCUGGAGGGGCUGCACCAAGAGGUAUCCGGAAGGUUUGAAGUCACAAGAAGAAAAGUUCUUUAUGGUCAGGAUGGCCUGCAUGCAUCAUGUGAGAAGAAGUACUGCGGCCGAGGGAGUAGGUGUGUGGUGAACAGGGACACCAACCAGCCUGAGUGCAGGUGUGUAGAAGAAUGCAAGUCCAGCUACAUGCCAGUAUGUGGAUCUGAUGGCAAAUUUUAUGAAAAUCACUGUCAGUUACAUCGAGCCUCAUGUCUUCAGAGGAAGAAAAUCUACAUUAUCCACAGCAAGGACUGUUUCUUCAAAGGUGACACGUGCACCAUGGCCAGUUACAGGAGGCUGAAGGGAGUCGUGUUGGAGCUGCAGGCACAGCGCUCAGCCCCACCGCGCCGCCCAUCUGCCGACAGGGCUGCCCAGAAACGGGCUUUGGUGGAGGAGCUCUUCCAGCACCUGGAUGCAAACAGGGAUGGGCACCUCAGCAGCUCGGAGCUGGCACAGGUAAUGAAGAAAGAGGAUCUGGAAGAUGAUUUAUUGGAUUGUACGCUGGAAGACCUCCUCCGGUUUGAUGAUUACAACAACGAUGGGCGCUUAACCCUGCAAGAGCUCUACACAGCCUUCCAGGUGGUCCAGCUCAGCCUGCCUGAGGAGCAGCGGGUCAGCAUCACCACCAUCACAGUGGGCCUCAGCACCAUCCUGACGUGCGGCAUCCGCGGGGCGCUGCGGCCGCCCAUCAUCUGGAAGCGCAACGGCAUCAUCCUCAACUUCCUUGACCUGGAGGACAUCAAUGAUUUUGGAGAAGACGAUUCCCUCUACAUCACCAAGGUAACAACUAUUCACAUGGGCAAUUACACCUGUCAUGCCUACGGCUAUGAAGAGCUGUAUCAGACCCACAUCCUUCAGGUGAAUGUGCCGCCGGUGAUCCGCGUCUACCCUGAGACACAGGCGCAGGAACCCGGGGUGUCGGCCAGCCUCAAGUGCCAUGCUGAAGGCAUCCCUAAUCCCCGCAUUACCUGGCUGAAGAACGGCAUGGAUAUCGUGCCAAAACUAUCCAAACAGCUCACGCUCCUAGCAAACGGGAGUGAGCUCCACAUCAGCAGCGUUCGGUAUGAAGACACUGGUGCCUAUACCUGCAUUGCUAAGAAUGAGGUGGGAGUGGAUGAGGACAUAUCUUCGCUUUUCAUAGAAGAUUCCGCAAGAAAGACCCGCCUGAGCGUCGGGAAUAUGUUCUAUGUCUUUUCUGAUGAUGGGAUCACAGUCCUUCAGCCAAGCGAAUGUGAAAUCCGGAGGCACAUCAGGCCCGAGGAGAGGAUCUUCUCCAGUUAUGAGGAGAUCUGUCCCAGAGUGGAAGGGGAAGGCACUCAGUCCUGCCUCUGGGCCUCCGCAGUCAGUGUCCGAGACAAGUACAUCUAUGUGACACAGCCUAAGCAGAACAGAGUAAUGAUCAUCGACAUCCAGACACAGAAAGCCGUGCAGUCUGUGGAUGUGGACCCAUUGCCAACCAAACUGCAUUAUGACAAAUCCCAUGACCAGGUGUGGGUGCUGAGCUGGGGUGAUAUGCGGCGAUCGUCACCAACACUGCAGGUGAUAGCGGAGGCGAGCGCAGGGGAGGAGCAGCACGUGAUCCGCACGCCGUUCAAAGGAGUGGAUGACUUCUUUAUACCACCUACAAAUCUUAUUAUUAAUCACGUUAGGUUUGGCUUCAUUUAUAACAAAUCAAAACCCGCCGUCCACAAGAUCGACCUGGAAACAGUGACCCACAUCAAGACCAUCAGCUUCAGGAAUUACAGCUGUGCACCGCAGACCAUGGCCUACACCCACCUGGGGGGGUACUUCCUGGUGCAGUGCAGGGACCAGCAGGGGGCUGCUGCCCCACAGCUCCUCAUCGACAGCGUCAGCGAUGCUGUCAUUGGCACCAACGGUGCCGUGCUGGGCACACCGCACAUCUCACCGGAUGGGCGCUUCUUGGUCAGCGCGGAUGGGGAUGGAGGCAGGAUCCAGGUCCAGACUGUGACCGUGCAGGGGGAAAUCAAGUUGAUUUACGACUUACAGACAAACAUACACGUAUCCGAUCUGACAUUUCAACCCUCUUUCACCGAAGGCAAUCAGUACUAUAUAUAUGCGACUUCACAUUUGCAAACAGAUGUGCUUUUCGUAGAGCUGUCAACAGGGAAAAUGAAUGUACUGAAGAAUUUAAAGGACCCUAUCACAUCCAAAGACUGGCCCUGGAGCAGCUACAACAGAAUUAUGAAAGACAGUGGGUUGUUUGGACAGUAUCUCAUCACACCAGCGAAAGAUUCAUUGUUUGUUAUAAAUGGGAGGCAAAACACGUUACGCUGUGAGGUUUCGGGUAUAAGGAGGGGUAACACAGUGGUCUGGGUUGGGGAGGUAUGAAGGGGCAGCAGCAGCAGAGCCUUUGGCAGACAGUACCAGUUGGACCUUUAUGCUGCAACAAGUGAGCAGUAGCAUUGUAUAUUUUUACACUGGGAGAAAAAAGAAAAAAAGAAAAAACAAACCAACUCUGUAUAGGCUUCAUGGUACAACGCUGGUCUACUUGCAAGUUUUAUAAUACAAGGUAUGCUCUGCUAAUA